AUGAGACUCCGCCUCUUCAUCCAGCGGAAUCGUCUCCCACCCACCAAGAUAUGGUGGGACACAUCCUCCUUCGAACCCGGCGACGACCACAAUAUUAGCACGCUCCUAUCGCGAGUGGCCCAGAUCGUGCCGAUGGAGUCUGGAGGUUGGGGAUUGGAGGAUUAUGCGGUUGAAGUGGAUGGCUUUGAGGUUUUACAUUUCCAGGAGGUGGAGAGAGUUAUUAGGGAGGGGGAUGAGGUUGUGUAUGUCUCUCCCCCCAUGUGGCAUUGUUUGAGCAUAUUUUCAAUCGGGUGCUAAUUUGAUGUGUAGUAUUCGCCCUUUGACUACAACCGAGAUUCGACAGAGGAGGGCUAGCGGGCGACGGCAGAUUAGUACUUCGGGACGGAAAUUGCUGGACGGGACGCCGUUUGGGAGGCCGAUGAUUACGACUAGGCCUGCCCCUGACAGGCCUAGGCUUUCUAUACCGCCAAGGAAGAGGGUGAAGACUGGCUACAAUGCUGAUCAUUCUACUCUUGUACAAGUUAGGUGCGACGAUGACGGCAAGAGUGGCCGUGGAGACGAGAGUGACGACGAGAGCUACCAGGAACCGGAUGAGGAGCAAGAGGGCUCUGGGAUAGGUGACUGGGAGGAGGAGCUUGGGGCUGAUAUGGGGGCAGAGGUCACGGCUCAUGCCGAAUCAGAUGAUGAGGAAGAAGAUGGUACCGACGACGCGGACUUUGAAGAACUCUCUAGAGACUAUGAAAACCCUCUUAUGGAUUACUUCGAGAGUGAUGAAGCUGCACCCCCCCGGGUUUCUACCUCUGAGCCGCCGUCCCAAUCGGAGACAGUUUUCGGGGCCCGAGACACCCAAUCUUUGCAAGGACAGAAUGGAAGCCUUCAAGGGGAUACCUCUGAGGAUGGCGAUGACUACACUGACAGCGAGAGCUCACAGGACAGUUAUUUGUCGGACGAUGGUGAUAGCUCCGGCAAUAUUCCAAAUAGCGGCGAGGAAACCAUGAGGGUAGAUGUUAUCGGUCAAACAGGGGACUUUUUCCUCCCAAAGUAUUUUUGUUCAGAUGCAAACGUAUUUGGAGGUGUAGUUGAUUCGCCGAAAUUGACUCAACUUUAUCAAUCUGACGACAUGUCGGGGGGGGCGGGGGGGGACGAAAGCGAGCGCGACUCAGAGCAUCAGAGUCUCACCGAAUCUCCAGCGCCUGCCGGACCAGAACAAGAUGAAGGUUCUCGUAGUGGCUCGGCAGAUUCUUCCGAUGAUUCUAAACCGGAGGGAUUUGGUGAAUCUGAGAUGGUAGGAGUACAGAAAGGCAGGAUAAGUUCUAAGGUGACCAGGUAAACACACCCAGGGAGCAUUCUUUGAAUCUUUGCUAAAUCUAUACCUCAAAAGAAAAAACCUAGUCCCGUGUGCUUCGCAGGGACCUCCGUCUUUCAGGGUGCCGCCGGUGCCAAUAAGGCAACCGAAAGAACUUGCCGUUGCCCCGGGGGCCCUCCCAUACCAAGGGAAUCGCGGGACCAAAGCUAGGAAUGAGCGCAAGAAGCAGAGACGUAAGAACGGGCGGUUACUCACCGAGCUUGUUAAUUCUGGGGUGUUACCAAAAGGCUCUACCAUCGAUGAUCUAAAGACAUACCAGAGCAGACGUAAUCUUGAAGAUGCGGAUGAACAGUUGACGGACAAGCAUCAGCCCUCUCACAUUGAUGGCGGUGGUGGAAAACAAAUAGGUCUUGAGCUAUCCGAAAAACGAGGUGCCGAGGAGCCUCUCCGAGAUGUCGCGGAUCAUGUUUUACGGAGGGCUCUACAGGGACAGCAGUCGAAUAACUUACCGGGAGAAGGGGCUAGCAAGAAGGGCCAGCGUAAGAAACUUAGGAAGGCUUUCACUAGAGCUAAGAAGAAGAGGAGCGUUCCAGAGGAUUGGGAGUUCAACCGGUGGUUGGCCGAACGCCAGAAAAAGGCAGUGGCGGAAGAUCAACUUACCAGAAUGGAUGUUGAAGACGGCUUAGAUGGUGAUGUGUCUCUGGAAUCCGGUGGGAGGCCUGUAGAACUACGUUCCAAGCUAUCGUCUAAGCAAACGGGUGUUUGUCUCCCACGAGAUCAACCUCCACCCCUACCUCCACAUCGAGAUCCUCUCAUUCCCGCCCAGGACAGGAGCUGCCCACGGGGCCCACGGAAAAUUGUCUAUGAUGAAAACGGGGUCCCUAAUCCAGUCUAUGCAGGAUUUGACGAGCAACAGUGUGAGGCAGAAAAUUCGGAGGCAUGGCAGAACAAAAUCGUUUUGAGCGCUGUGGAAUGUGAGCAAGAGGGAGUGGAGAUACCAACUCCCGAGUUCCCAUUCAAGCAACCGACGUACCAGCCGGGCUUUGGAUGGGAGGCUACUGGAAAUGAUAAAAGGAAGAGAAACGGUGACACGAAGAAGAAGAGAAAGCGGAGACAAGACAAGGAGAACUACAGCUACGAUUAUGAUUAUCAGAGCUGCCAAGACCCUGGUUAUGGCGACUGGGUAGGCCACGAUUACUAUGAUGAUAGCACAGCGGCUCCUGCACCUAAGGGCAGGACUACAGACAUGGCGGAGGCCAACCCGGUCGAUGACCUGCCGCUUCUGCCAGAGAAUAUUGCGGCAUUAUAUCCACUCACACAACCGGUUAUUCCUGGCACUAUUGUUGCAUUCAAACAAUUGAUGUUGACUGAAGAUUACACUCCAAUCAUGGCAGAUUAUCGAACUGCUAUCGUGCAGGCUGUGCAUGCGCAGGAAAAAGAUGGACCAACUUUAGAGCUACGGUUGGCAGUAAGAGAUAGACCAAAGCGCCGUAUUAAUCCUGAAACUGGCGAGAAGAUUCUACGCAAGUUUGAGAUCCCCGGUGACGAGAAUGAGGAUGAGGGAUUCCUGGAUUUGAUGUUUGGGCAAUUGUUGGAAGCCAAGGUUGUUCGGCUCCCGGAGGGCCUAGACCACGGCAGGAUUGCAAGCAGCGAUGGAACCGGGGGCACCGGUGAAACUGGAGACACACAAGAGGGCAACCCAGACGAGGAGAGGAAUGAGGGAAACGUGCGCUGCGGUAUUCCCGAGGAGGCCGAUAGCUACCCUCCUAGUGUCCAGGUAAACGCUACUUUAUAUAAUGGGCUUGCAUCAUGUUCGGCCGAGGGAUCUCAAGACCAGGAGCAGGACCUCGAACUGGAUUUAGGGCCAGAGACACAAGCCGCCCAACCGCAAGAGUGUUUAAAAUCCCCCAGUCCAGUGGAUGGUGUCCCCGGCACCGCGGUGGCUUUGUCUAGUGCGCCGACAUCCCAAGUUGAAGCGUCUAUUGCACCUGUUUUUGACAACCGGGAAAGUGACCCCUCAUACGAGCCGGAAUCGGUUAGUGACUCAGACGGCCUAGAAACCCUUGAGAGCAUGUUUGCCUCUUCGCAGAGGGUCAAGCCGGAGCCUUCCAGCCAGAGGUCCCCCGUCUUACCACCGCUCCCGAUGUUUUCACCCUCGGGUGUAGGCGUCGAGGAGGACGACGAGCAGUUUCAGAGGCAAAUGCGGGGGCGGGCGACAAGUGAAGAACCCACGGCCCCCAAAGCCAUUAGGACAAAAAUCUCAAAUGGUGUCAAAAUUGCUAAUUCGGAGGCGCAAAUCAUUGACCUGACUGGGACGAGUGACCCAAUCGUCAUGGAUGAUAGCCUGAGGGGGAGGGUAGGUGGCGGGAGAAGCAGGGCCAAGGGGAGACAAUGGCGGGCAGUCAAGGGC